CGUGCGGCUGCGCCCCAGCACUGUGUAUGCGAGCGAAGAAGUAGCGAGAGCGCCAGAGCCAGAGCCUAAAACCGCAUUAAAGACAAGAUGGCAGGACUGCCCCGCAGGAUCAUUAAGGAAACCCAGCGCUUGCUGGCAGAGCCAGUGCCUGGGAUAAAGGCAGAGCCGGACGAAAGCAACGCUCGCUAUUUUCAUGUGGUUAUUGCAGGUCCGCAGGAUUCCCCCUUUGAGGGAGGGACUUUUAAACUUGAACUAUUCCUUCCGGAAGAAUACCCUAUGGCAGCUCCUAAAGUACGUUUCAUGACCAAAAUAUAUCAUCCUAAUGUAGACAAGCUGGGAAGAAUAUGUUUAGAUAUUUUGAAAGAUAAGUGGUCCCCUGCUUUGCAGAUCCGCACAGUUCUGCUAUCCAUUCAGGCAUUAUUAAGUGCUCCUAACCCAGAUGAUCCACUAGCUAAUGAUGUAGCUGAGCAGUGGAAGACCAACGAAGCUCAAGCCAUAGAAACAGCCAGAGCAUGGACUAGGCUAUACGCCAUGAACAAUAUAUAAGUUUAACCAGAAGUCAAGUGUGAACGCAACUCCUGUUCUGCCAAGACCACUUCCUUCUUAAUUUGCAUUUAAAGGACACAGUCUUAGAGGGGGGGGGGGGGGGGGAUUGUGAAUUACAGCAUAAAAACAAACCAGACAACUUCAGUCCUUUGGUGAUUUAAAUGCACAUUAGCGAGUAUUUGUCUUUGUACUGAUUCACUGUUAUCAUGCAUGAGGCUAAAAAUAUACCACGUGGCUUUUUAUUAAAAUUUGUUUCUGAAGCAGUGGCCCGCCUCUAAUUUGCAUAUAAAUGGCAUUUGUUUGACUGUAAGAGCACUGUGAAUGAAGGUAGGCAGAGUUAGCUGUGGGCACAGUGUCAUUUUUUUUUUUACUACUUUUUUUUCUUUUUUCUGUUGUGAUGCUAAUAGAGUUAAUAAAGCAGAUAAGUAGAAGAACAUAGAUCAUGCCCUCUGCCAAGUCUGGUUUACCCUUUAGAUGCUGUAGAUGUAUUUAAAAAAUAAAUAAAUAAAUAAAAAGCUUGGCUUUAACAUCAACCUUAAAAAAAAAAAAAAAAAAAAUUAAUAAUAAUAAUGAAGUCCACCACUCCACCAUCACUAAUAACAUUGACUGCUGUCAUGUAGACCCCAAAAAAGGCAUGUGACUCUUUGUAUGGCUUGUCUGGAACAUUCUGUAAAUCUUAUGUUUUAGUAAAAUAUUUUUUUGUUAUUCUA